ACUCAAGUAAAAGGGUGUCACAAUUUCCUACUACUGUUAACAAUUGUGGUUUUACACACCAUCACGAUAGUGAUCUGGUAGUAGCUCUGCUGGUUUUUGGAAAUGAAUUAGUUUCUAGUGCGCACCUGGAAUUUACACGUAAGCACCAGAAACGGUUAUUUAUUUUCCCAUGUCCCUUUUUGGGCUGCGUAAAAUACUUUCAAAAUGUGCUCUUAAUUAUACUUUGUUGCCCGUUUAUUACCAGUUAGCAUUAUGUUGAAAUGCGGAACUUUUUUAAUUUAAGUCGAGAUAAAAACCUUAUAAUCCGAUUUGUUUUCUUUACAAGUCAUUAGGUUACAGAGCUUUAAAGCCAGAAAAUAUCUUAUUUGCAGAUAUUUAAACGAUGUGACUUUCUUUCAAGCGCAUAUUCGAGCUUUUAUUCCGAAAAGAAGAGGAAACGGAAAUAUGUUAAGUUCACAAUGACAUCAUUCUUUCGAGCGCCGCCCAGUCAGCUGUGCGGUUGAAGGUUCAUCGCCGAGCCAGCGAACGGGCGCACAAUACAUUUAAUAAACAGCAAAACCCGGGAGUUAGAAUAUGGAUAAGAAUGCCACACGAUACAACGUCCAGCUGUAUAUUUAUGAUCUGUCCAGAGGAAUGGCUCGCAGCCUCAGUCCCAUCAUGUUAGGAAAACAACUGGAUGGGAUAUGGCACACAGCCAUAGUGGCCUACGGUGAUGAGUUCUUUUUCGGUGGUGAAGGGAUCUCCAGUUGUUCACCAGGUGGGACGAUGCUGGGACCCCCAGACACCGUCGUGGAGCUGGGUGAGACUGAAGUGUCUGAAGAAAUUUUCAUGGACUAUCUCUCCUCUCUGGGAGAAAGCACAUACAGAGGUGACCAGUAUCGUCUGUUUGAGCACAACUGCAACACCUUCACCAAUGAGGUGGCUCAGUUCCUGACAGGACGGCCCAUCCCCGCGUACAUCACUGACCUUCCCUCUGAGGUCCUCUCCACACCGUUCGGGCAGAUGCUGCGGCCCAUCCUGGACUCUAUUCACAUCGCUCCUUCAGGAGGUAACGUCAUCAACGGCGGCAGAAACACAUAAAGCUAAAAAAACAAAAAUGUGAACAAAGCAGCAGCAGCAACAUCACAGUGUUAUAAUGAGGUCGCCUCCAUUGUAGUCAGUCACAGAAGAGUGCGAAAAACAAAGGUUUUUCUUUUCCCGUCUUUCACUUGGAAAAUCCUUCCAGACCAGCACGUUUCAAAACAACUCCUCAUUUCUACAGUCGUGAUGAAGCAGAUGAAUGUUUGUGAGCAGUUUUUUACAGUCAGUGAACCUUACCAGGUAUUCUGAGGUGCUUCAAGUCUCCAUGAAAAACAACAUAAAAAUCUGCUAGUAUUUAAAUACCUCAUGGCACACCAGUGCAUCAAGCUGAAUUAAUGAACUUAAAAAAAACCUUUUUUGUCAUCGCCAAGUUUUGUAAUUUUUUUUUAUUUUCACGUUUUUCUGCUGCUGACUACAAUGGAGUUUGAUAUAAAAUUAAAAUCUUUAUUUCAUAUAUCAGUGGAGGCUGAGGGUGAAAACGGCCCAUGGAUCCUUUGUUGUCAAUAAUCUUUCAUUAUUGCACUUUAAUAUUGUUUUAUAUUUUAGCCGUUUGUUUGCUGAUCAUUUUAAACCACAUGUUGUUUUGUACCUAAAAUGUUUGUUUUAUAUUGAGUUCCUUUUCUCUCUCAGUGUGUGUCAUACUGAACCGUCCGUGACAGAUGUGAGAGGUUAUUUUAGAGAAUUCAAUCUUUGUUGAGUAUUUAUCUUUAUUUUUGGAGUGGAUUCUGUUAUUUUUGUGAAAAUUAACAGAAUUUUGGAAAUUGUAAAAAAAAAAAAAACUAUGACUAUAACUUGUGUAAAACUCAGCUGCGGUCCAGUUCCAUUUCAUACGGUGCUGUUUCUUCAUGAACCUGAUUUCAUUCCCUUUGACUUCAGACAUGUUCGUAUUUGCCAUAUGUGAAGAUUUAAUGUUUAAUCUGCUUCCACUACAUUGUCGACUAAAUAACAAGACGUUUGAGUCGUUUAACAGCCGCCGCAGUGUGGUUGACAAACAAUGCACCUCUGUCUGUGCCUUCAUUUCCCUUCACACUGUCACACUGCUGGUAGAGCUGCAGCACAGAGGCUUCAACACUGUAUGAAAGUCUAGAUAAACUUUGGCAAUGCUACGAUGACAUAAAGCACACAUUCAUUUUCAGCCGGUUCAGCCCAUAAUCUAAACUCUUUCAUCUCUAAUCCCAGUCUGCUACUGCAAAUAACACCCAGUCUGGUGACAUACUGUAUAUUAAAGAUGAAACACAUGCUGAUUAAGAUCAUGUGCCACACAUGAGCCGUGCUGAACACUCACAGCUUAAAUAAAACCAAGGCGUUGGGGAUUAAAGAAGCACAGAAAAACAAAACAAAAAACCAACAUGUCGAGAACGAGUGAUGAAACCAGCGUUAACUUUGAACUCCUUCUGCAAUAACUAACCCUCCCUUCGCCCUCCCAGCAGGGAGCGCUGAGAGUUCACGCCGACUUCUGGUAGUUAGCAGCGUUUAGACAUUGACCGUGGAAACAGAAUCCCCCUUUAAGAGGCUAAAAACACUCAGGAUGGCUGAACAACUGACUGACCUACUAACCAGACCACUGUAUUGUAUUUCUGCCCCCGCCCUCGUUCUGCUGUGAUCUGUUGCUGGCUUCUGUGACGUGGACUUAACACUUAAUGAAUAUUUAUGGAUUUUAUGCUUUAUUUAUUUAAGUCAUAAUAGUAAUGCAUAUCGUUUGUGUGAUUUGUUUUGUUAAUUGAUCAAUGAAUAAAGCCAGUGACUGCAAAACGCCCCCUCUCUGGGCUCUGGCUGUUAUUUUUAGUUCAUAUAAUAAGAAGAUGACACACACACUUAGCCUGACUGAUACAUCAGACCAGGUUCAUGAGCAGAUGUGACUCAAGAUCAGGUUUUGUAGUGAAUGUGUCAAACUUGCGGUGAAUUUAAUUUGCUGGUAAAAUGAUGAAAUGGUUGUUUUGAAAUUGGAGGCUUAUGGAAUAAAAGCAUUUUUGAGACAUGUCUAUUCACACAUAA